AUGUUUACCUUGGCUAUUGGCGCCUUUUUCAAAGUCGAGACGUUGACAAUGGUCAAGAUGAUGGCCGUAGGCAUAAGUUUUCUAGGCAUCAUUUUAGUAUCAUAUUCAGAUCAGCUCUCAGAUAAGCAGCCGCUUCCCCAUCCCUCUUCGGCCGAUCCGUCUGCAUCCUCUUGGUCAAUCCCCACGCGUAUCAUAGGUGACAUCUUUGCUCUUUUAGGGGCCCUUUUUUACGGAUGUUAUACGACACUACUGAAACUAAAAAUUGGCGAUGAAACUCGUGUCGAUAUGCCUCUGUUUUUCGGAUACGUUGGCGCUUUCAACGUGGUGCUCUUGUGGCCCUUUUUAUUUGUCUUGCACUGGACCGGUCUUGAACCACUCGAAUUACCUUCGACAGAAACGCUUUGGGCCAUGAUCCUCAUCAAUGCCUUCAUAGGCACCUUUUUAUCCGAUUAUAUCUGGCUGUUGGCCAUGCUCAUGACCUCGCCUUUGGUCGUUACUCUGGGCAUUUCUUUGACGAUUCCGCUGGCUUUGGUGGGCGAUGUGGUGUUCAAGCAUGUCAUUCCCGGAUCACAGUACGCGUUGGGAGCGGUGCUGGUAGUGAUUGGAUUUUUUAUCGUCAAUAUCACCACGUUGGCCUCGGUGAAAACUCAGCCUCAUCUUGUAUCCCAAGACGAAAACAGCCAAACCGAAUCGUCAUCAUCGCCAUAA